ACGACACCUCCCAGAGCAGAGGAAGAGCUCCAGACUCCAUCAGGAAAGUCCUAUUGAUAGAAAAGCCUUGAAAGCUCAUUUCAAGAAAAGUGUCCUCAUUACUAUAUGACUCACAUAUACGGCACUACUUUAGUGCUCCGUAUAGCUCACUCCUCUCACCAAUAAGCAUUUGUUUGCUGACUUGCAGUUAUGAAUCAAACACCUGAACUGGCUAAAACUGGCACAUGCCCUUUAAAUAGUUUAACAGCUGCAUGCGUGUAAGUAGCUGUGUCUCUCAGAAGCACCUGAGUGCUGAUCUACUGAUCUUCAGUAAGCAAAUUGAGCAGAAACUGGGGGAGGAAGCCCUAUUUCUAUGACAGCCUCUCCUACAACUUUCCGCUUCCCCAUCUCCCCUCCAGCUGAAGAAAUAAUUGGAAAUUUGAAGGUAGCCACCACAAGCCCAUAAAUCUUUCAGCUGCUUCACACCACAUAAAGUCCACUCCAAAACCAACCCUGGCUUCAGAGAAAAACUACUCCCUGCCCUACAUUGACUACUGACUGGAAACAGCUGAGGAUUUAAGUCUUUACAGUCUUUCACCUUCACUUGUCUAUAUAAAGAACCACCAAAUGUGUUCUGAAAUAGAAAAAAAAGAAGACAGAAGAAAAGAAGGAUGUGGUUAUACUAUUUAGUAAGAGCAUUCGUAGGGUACGGUAUGGUACAUAACCAAAUCCUCUCAUGCUCUGUAGAACAACCUGGACUGAAGCAAUACUGCUGAUCUGCUUGCUGGGGUUCAGAAGUUGUCUGAAACGAUCCUAGAGCUGCAGGCAAUUCCUUCAGGAAACUUGUGGAGGACGGAGGAAUUUUCUUCAGAAGCCUGGAAAAGAGCAAACGUGGUGCCCGUCUCUUAAGAAGGUGGAAAAGGAGGUAUAGAGAAAUGGUAGAUCACUAAGCUUCAGUACUUGGAAAAAUAUUGGAAUCAGCCACCAAAGAAUCUGUUUGCAAGCACCCAGAAGUAAGCACCGCAGCGGGAGAAAUGACCAACAGCAGCAGGGAAUGUAAUUUUAGAGACAUCGACAAAUUAGCAAAGACCCUGCAGAUGGGGAUCUCCAUCCCCACCUUCAUUCUCGGGCUGGUUCUCAACAGUCUGGCCCUCUGCGUGUUCUGCUGCGUUUGGAAGAAACAGACCAAAACCUCAGUUUACAUGAUAAAUCUCGCGCUUGCCGAUGUCUUGCUGCUUCUCUCGCUCCCGCUCAAGCUCUACUACUCUAACACAGAAGCAUCUGGACUCCUGUGCUCAUUCAUAGAGUCUCUCUAUUUCGUCAACACGUACAGCAGUAUCUUCAUCAUUGUCUGCAUUACUGUCGACAGAUAUAUCAGCAUAAAGCACCCAUUUAAAGGUCGAGCUAAUCAAUCCCCCAAAUGGGCCAUCUUGAUUUGCUCCUUCAUCUGGGCAGUAGCUUGGCUUUGCAGCAGCCCAAUGUACGUGUUUCACAAGAAAGAUGAUUUUAGAUGCUUUUACAACAUGUCAGAACAGGCGUGGAGCGUCCCCCUCAUUGUUUCUCUGGAAAUUUUUGGAUUUCUGAUCCCACUCGCAGUGAUAGUUUUCUGCUCUGUCCAAAACAUCUGGAUUCUUCUGAAGCACAGAAGUCAAGCUAAAAAGAACUUAGAAGGCAGUGGCUCCUUACGAGUCAUUAUCAUCAACCUCGUGGUGUUUUUGGUGUGCUUCACACCUGUCCACCUUGCGAUCUGCCUACAGUGCCUGGUAAGGCAGCACGUGAUAGUGGAUUGCAGUCUGAAACAAACCAUCAGCCUCUUCAUUCAAGUGUCAAUGAUAUUAGCCAACCUGAACUGCUGCCUGGAUGCCAUCUUUUAUUACUUUGCUGCAAAAGAAUUUCGUGAAAAAACACACCUGAAAAAGGUUAUUGAGCUAUGUCCUGUCUUUAAGCCUCGUGCCACAUGACGGGACAGCCUGCAGCAGAAGAACAGAUCUUCCUCGACUCCCACUUGCCUCACAGGACACCGACAGCAUUAUCCCUGACGUAGCAGUAAGGUCACCUUGGUCACGGCAAGGAGGGUGCAGGAGGGAGAAGAACAAUGUUUUUCUGGUGAAUGUGAACAUGUUCCAUAUUCUUCUUCCCUUUAAAGAUGAUAGAAGAAAAAUGUUGGAAAAAAGAACAAGCAUUAGCAAAGUGACGGACUGACACCAAAAGAAGCAUUACCCUUGACGCUAUCUACUAAAUGUGAAAGGCUUGCCAGAGGAAAAUGACCCAGAUCAUGGAGUGCCACUUAAAAAUCAACCUCUGUCGUUGUUGCACCAGUUUUCCUUUGCCAACAUAAUCAGAAAGUUGUUGCUAAGGGCCAAACAUAGAAAUAACUACUCAGAACCUUCUUUCUAACUUAGAAGGUAUCUGAGAGUUAAAAGGCAGUAUCCGGCCAAAAGUCUGACUCUGCUCUUUCCUUCUGUAAAGCUUACAGAAUGUCACUGUCAGAGCUCAUUUGCUUUGAGCAGCUUGGCCAGACUGGGAUAAUAGUGAAUCCUCCCUCCUGUAAGCAUUAUACACUGGUCAGAGCCGCUACACAGCACAGAAGCCCCUGCUCUUCCAUGGAAGAUGGGCAGCCGAGUAUACAACCCCAAUGGAGUAUCUUGGGUACCACCAAUUCCUUGAGCAACAAACAUUUCUGAUUAUCUUUGCUGAGGAAUCAGCAUGGUUUUCUCCCGCAGUUUUAAAACUGGUUUUGCACAUGAAAACCAAAAAGAACCCUUUCAAAUAUGGCAUUUAGUGAAAGACUGUAUGUGAUUAACUGUACUUCUAUCAAAGAUAUGAUACAUGUAUGAAAUUCUUCUGCCUCUCUCCUCAUUCUUUCUUGGAAUACAUCACAGAAAAAUAAUGAGCACUUGUCUAAUACACUCCUUGCUCCCAGCUGUAAGACUGGACCAGCUCUAUCCACCUUAUUCCUUAGAGAAGUCCUUCUAGCCUGUACUGGACACUUCACAAAACAUCUCUGGACGUGCCUCAACACGUCUUGGUCAGCACUUCUGGUAUGUCACCACCCUUAUGCCAUUUGCAAGUUUGGCUCUGAGUCUAAACUAAAAGUUUCUCUGUUGCAAUUUAAGCCUACCAUUUCUGGUACCGUUAUAUUGGCAUGGUUCAUGCCCUUAGCCAGAAACACUUUCACAUCAAGAAAGCCAUUUCUGUGCCUUUUAAAAACAGCUGUAAAAAUGGUCUAAGAUUGCUUGUAAUCAAGUCCAUUCUGGGGCAGACAUUGGCUUUAUUCAAAAUGUGAAAAGAAAUUACCUUCUGUCUGGAGCAAAUUAAAAAGAAAGGGGGGCAGUAUUUUGAAAAUACAAUUUGCCGUCAAUUGAUUUCCACAGAAAUGAUUGAUUGUGCAAGUGGGCAGCUUCACAUAUCUAAUACUGGACCUAAUGUUUUAAAACUUGGUAGUACUAACACUAUGAUCACAGCUGAGGCACGCAAAGAGCUCAGAGGCAAAGAAAGGUUUUUAUCAUUACCUUCACCAUUAUUUGCAGACGGGCAAGAGGAAGUGCUUUCCAAAACAGUAGGUUUUCAAAACAUUACUUGCUACUGCCUUGAUCAUUCAGAAACUUGCAGCCCUUUCAAUAUGAGUUAACCUGUCUUUUUUGCACCUUUCACAUUACUUUGCAUAUCAAAUAUACGUGUGAGAAAGAACACCGUCUGCUAAAUAAACUGUAUAUAUGAAGUGUAUGAUUUGAAAAUACAUUUUCAUUCCCCAGUCUGACAGCAUAUGAUUCUUAUCUACCUAUUUCAUCAUAAAUUGUUAUCAUUUUCUCCUUAAAAGAACUCCAAGACUUAGUUGGAGAUUUUCCUUCCCAGGAACUACUUCAGGUUUGUAACUAUGGCAACCAAGAACAACUGAAUAAGCAGUAAUAAAUAGAAAAAGUAAAAACAAGACCAUCACACCCAGAAGUCUGGAUAAUUUAAUAUCUUUUCUGUGGAAACCCUCUCCAUAAAUUCUUGACAAUCCCCCACUAAAUUCCCCACAAUCUUUCCUCCAAAAUGCUCUGAGCUCUUGCUUUUAUGAUUAGCCAACUGUCCUGGUUUUGGCCAGGAUAGAGUUAGUUUUCUUCCUAGUAGCGGGUAUAGUGCUGUGUUCUGGAUUUAAGAUGAGAAUACUGUUGAUAAUACAUGGAUGUUUUGGUGUAAACAUUGCCUAGCAACAACCAAGUCAAGGACUUUCCAGCUUCUCACACCGCCCUACCAGCGAGUAGCCUGGGAGUACACAAGAAGUUGGGAGGGGACACAGCCAGGACAGCAGACCCCAACUGACCAAAGAGAUAUUCCAUACCAUAUGACAUCAUGCUGAGUUUAUAACUUCAGGAAAGCUGGUCAGGGGUUUAGACCAUGGCUUGGGAACUGGCUGGGCAUCGGUGGUCUGCAGGGAGUGGGCAAUUCUGCUGUGCAGCACUUGUUUUAUAUGUUCUUUUAUCAUUAUUAUCAUUAUAAUCUUUUAUUACCUUUAUUAUUAUGUCAUUAUU